AUGGAUCCGAACACAAAAACAAUUCUCUUUUUCGCAUUGUUCUCUCUUUAUUCAUCUUUCUCUAACAUUUCAGUCGCUGAAACACCGUAUACGUACGAUCAAAAUCCAGAGAAUGGACCAGAGGGAUGGAGCAAACUAGAACAUCAAUGGAAAAUUUGUAACCACGGGAAACUCCAAUCUCCGAUUGAUCUCACUAAUGCAAGAGUUAGUAGUGCUCAUGAUGACGCAUGGAAAAUACACCACAAACCAGCCGAGGCUGUAAUUAUGAGCAGAGGACACGACAUUAUGGUAUCGUGGAAAGGAGAUGCUGGAAAAAUGGUGAUAGAUCAUACGGAGUUUAAAUUGGUGCAAUGCCACUGGCAUUCACCGUCUGAGCAUACCGUUAAUGGAACUCGUUAUGACAUGGAGCUUCACAUGGUUCACACGAGUGCUCAGGGCCAAACCGCAGUGAUAGCAGUUCUUUAUAAAAUAGGAAGACCUAAUGAGUUUCUCACAACGCUACAAAAUGAAAUAAAAACUGUGGGGAAAGAAGAGAAGAAACUAGGGAUCGUGGAUCCAAGAACUAUUGGUUUUCACAAGCAGAAAUUCUAUAGAUACGUUGGCUCUCUCACUGCUCCUCCAUGCACUGAAGGUGUUAUUUGGACCGUCGUCAAAAAGGUGAAUACAGUAUCAAUGGAGCAACUUGCAGCUCUGAGGGAUGCUGUCGAUGAUGGGUUUGAGAGAAAUUCAAGACCGGUUCAAGAGACAAAUGGAAGAUCGGUUUGGUUAUACGAAACAAAUGUUUGA